CGUCCACAUCCUGGCUUUACAUCCCUUUGCACUGAUGGAUCCAAGCGAGCAGUGGGCAUUGACAUGGGAUGACUUGCAAGAGAUUUAUCAGGAGUGUGAAAAGGCCGGCUUUGGUGUGGGAAGCUUUGGGCGCUUUGUGGAGACCGGGACCUUCCUCGGUCAGACCGUGGUGGCGCUCUCCGCGCACUUCUCUGAGCUCCACAGCAUUGAGCUCAGCCGGGAGUGCUUCGAGGCUGCAAAGCUUUUUGCCUGGAAAGCACAGCGUCCCAUCCACUUCCACCAGGGCCACUCCACCAAGGUGCUUCAGGCAAUACUUCCGAAGUUGAACGGCCCCACGGUGUUCUACUUGGAUGCGCAUUUUUCGGGCUCGGUGACUGCCGGACUGGAAGAGAAGGUACCUCUCCCGGAGGAGCUGCUUUUGAUAUCUGAGCUUUUUCCUCAUGCAGCUUUGGUGAUCAUCGACGACCUGGAUCUUUUCGCCCAAGUGAACACCUUUGAGGCUAUCGACGGUCAAACUGGGGCCUUCAGUGGUCGACAUCCAAGUGAUUGGCGAUCGAUCACUUGUGAGGCACUGGAGAGGAGUUCCAGCUUUCGUUGCUUCGGCUCGUUCAAGGCGAAGAAUCGCUUCAUCCUGCAGCUGCGGGCCGAUGGCAAAGGGGGGAUCGACUCCGGCCAGGACAGAAGCAGCCAGUUCAACGCAGCCUUUUCAUCUGUAGGUGCUGUUUGCCCGGACCUGGUGCACAGACAAAUGGAUGCCCAGCAUCCUGACCGCGAAAAGCAUUGGGUCUCCUUUCCCGGGCUGCGCUUACAAUCCGAAGUUUUGGAGAGGGUCCGGUCCCAAGGACAGUGGUGGCGACAGAUUGUGAGCGCCAUUGAGAAGGAGUCCUCGAAUCAUUUGGGAAAGGCCUCUGCCAAUUACAAAGAACUCCAAGAGCAAAUGACUGCAGAAAGGACGAAAACUGCCAAGCUCUGUGAGAAAUCUGUUGAGAAGAAGAUGACCCGCAAGGAGUGUAUCGCGCUGCAUGACGAUCUACUGGAAGCUUACAUGAACAAGGAUUUUCAGGACAAGAUCAAGGCCGCUUGGGCAGCAGCUGAUGGCAACAAUGCCAAGCAGCAAAAAGCCAAGCGCCAGCUUUGUCUACCACUUCAACUUCCAAUCAUGGCAAAAUAUGGCUUUGAGGCCUCUGAGAAAGGUGUCUUCGCAUGCCUCUGGGCGGUUCGAACCACAUUUUUCAACUUCAAAAGGCCGGAGGAGUUUGACAGAGAACUCACCUUGAGGGCCGCCCUUUUGGACUUCCUCGCCCCUGAGCGAGAAAGAGAAGGGAGGUUUCUUCUUCAGAGCCCUACCAUCCACACUGCAGUUAGUGAUGCCACAAAUGCAUUGAAAGUCCUCUUCUCAACUCAAAUGUGUUGAUGGUUCACAGGGAAUGCUCACUAUCACUCCACUAGCAAGACUCAGCAAACAUUAACGAUCUUUCUUGCAAAACUGUCUGGUCCGCUCUUUGACUUCUGUCCAGCUGAGGUGAGUCCUGGCCAUUCGCUCCAUCCAGAGGUUGCCCAGUGGGCCGUGCAACACUACGCGGCCACGCCGGGCGCCGGCGCUGUGUGGAAGAUGCGGAAGGUCCAGACGUAGCGACGGUCUCCAACCUAAUAGCGAUGGCAUCCACCCUCGUAGCGAUGGCCUGUUCGGCCGAUGGGGUCGGUUCGGCUGCUGUGGGGGCUGCCCGCAGUCGGCCUGGCACAAAGGCUUCAGACCCGUGGGUGGCGAGGCGUCAAGGUGACCGCGUGGGCACAUCACCUGGCUUGCGACAAUGGUGGUGACCUCUUGGCAAGUGCGGUGAUGUUCAACCAGCCGAUAUUCAUUCCUUCAGCCAUCGCCCUCGCGUCACACACUGCACGGCAUCUUGGUGCUCUUGGUUGCAAUGGCUGAGGGAAAACUCGAUGCGCUGUGGACCUUCUCGGCGUGACCCAGAGGAGACCUUGUUGAGCAAAUUCAAAGAUGUUGCUCCGGACAGACUGCCA